GGGCUCAUUUGAUAUGCUAUCCUGGAGCAUUUAACAUGAGCACUGGUGAAUUGCUGUGGGAAUUGAUGCAAAGAGCAAGGGCUGCUGAUAAUCAGUUAUUUGUUGCAACUUGUGCACCAGCCCCGGACCCUAAUACCAGUGCUGACUACAUUACAUGGGGUCAUUCUGGUCUUGUUGGACCGUUCGGUGAAAUAAUUGCAACAGCAGGGCAUGAAGAGACAACCGUCAUUGCGGAGGUCGAUUAUUCUCUGAUCCAGUUCCAUAGGGAGAACCUUCCUCUUGAGGUGCAGAGGCAGGGAGAUAUGUACAAGAUGGUUGAUGUCCUUGGAGGGAAUGCCCAGUGAUGCUCAUGGAAAUAUUUUUGCAUCUCUAACAUGAAGUUAUUCAGUCUGAUAAGAACUAGCAUCGCUCUUCUAUAACUUCUUUAUUGUUGUAUCCAUAUGUUGAAGUACAUCAACUAGUAACAGAAUAAUUUAUGAGAAAUAUCAGGGAUUCAUGGUUGUAUCUAUAACUUCAGGAAUUUUUUUUCUGGCAACUGAUAUUUGCUCAAAUUUUAUUCUUCUGUCAAG